AUGUCUCAUAUCAAAAUACCCAAGUGGAUAAAUUUAAUUGAAGAACAUAUUUCAAAAAAACAUAUUAAAUGUUAUGAAUACAACAACUUUUCUAAUCUUAAAGUAAUUGGCACAGGAGGCUUUGGAAAGGUCUAUCGUGCGAACUGGAAAAGUUCUCAUAGUACUUUAGCAUUAAAACCUUUCAACGAUGCUACAGCUGAUAAAAUUGUCUAUGAGAAAUAUAUACUGGUGAUGGAAUAUGCCGACGGUGGUACUCUUCGAGAAUACUUAAAUAACAAUUUUGACAAUCUCACUUGGAACGAUAAAUUAAAAAUGGCACAUCAAUUAACUUGCGCUGUAUCAUACUUACAUGAUAAGAAUAUUAUCCAUCUUAAUUUGCACUCCCAAAACGUGUUAAUCCGUCAAAAUACGAUCAAAUUAACUGGUUUUGGAUUAUCAGAUAUUUCAUGCCAAAAUGGUAUAAUUCCGUAUAUUGACCCAAAAAAAUUUUCUUUAGGUAAUUACACUUUAAAUAAAAAGAGCGAUGUUUAUAGUAUUGGUGUACUUUUAUGGGAAAUGUUAAGUGGUCGGCCACCUUUCGAAUAUGAAGACCAGUAUAAUUUAAGAACACUGAUAUCGCAAGGUCUUAGAGAAACACCUAUUCCAAAUACGCCUAAGAAUUAUGAAAUGAUUUAUACUGGUUGCUGGAAACAUGAACCAUAUGAUCGUCCAACUAUUCAAGAGGUAGUCUCUAGAUUAGAAGCAAUUAUUACGAAAAAUUAA